UCCUCUCGGUGCCCCGUCGUGGGCGCGCCAUGGAUCCCGGGUGUUGGAUCGGCGGCGAGUUUGAGGACUCGGUGUUCGAAGAGGGGCCGCAGAGGCGGCCCGGGCCCCCCGCGCCCUACCGCGCCAAGCGCUGCGAGCCGCAGUGGUUUUAUGAAGAAACUGAGAGCAGUGAUGAUGUUGAAGUUCUAACUAUCAAGAAAUUCAAAGGGGACCUGGCCUACAGACGACAGGAGUAUCAGAAAGCACUGCAGGAGUAUUCCAGUAUCUCUGAAAAAUUGUCAUCUACCAAUUUUGCCAUGAAAAGGGAUGUCCAGGAAGGCCAGGCUCGGUGUCUUGCUCACCUGGGAAGACAUAUGGAAGCUCUAGAGAUUGCUGCAAACUUGGAAAAUAAAGCUACCAAUACAGACCAUUUAACCACUGUGCUCUACCUCCAACUUGCUAUUUGUUCAGGUUUGCAGAACUUGGAGAAAACAAUUUUCUGCCUGCAGAAACUGAUUUCUUUGCAUCCUUUUAAUCCUUGGAGCUGGGGCAAAUUGGCAGAGGCUUACCUGAAUCUAGGGCCAGCUCUUUCAGCAUCGAUUGCAUCAUCUCAGAGACAGAACACUUUCACCUCAAGUAAUAAAACUGUCCUGUCCUCCUUUCCACACUCAGGAAAGGACUGUAUUUUGUGUUUCCCUGAAACUGUGCCUGAGAGCUCUGUGCUUUCUGUGGAAGCAAGUGUCAGGAAUGGCCAGAAAACCGAGAAAGCUUUUAAAAACAGUCAGAAUUGUGUGACUGGAAAGGGAGAAGCAGUGUUGAUAGAGACUCAGAUGAAAGCAUGUGCCUCUCUGAUCCGAACCAGACUUUUACUUCAGUUCACCCAAUCGCAACAAACAUCAUUUGCUUUGGAGAAGAACCUAAGGACUCAACAGGAAAUUGAAGAUAAAAUGAAAAGUUUCAGCUUCAAAGAAGACACUUUGCUGUGGAUCGCUGAGGUUAUGGGAGAAGAUAUCGUUCAAGAAAAAAUAAAAGAAGAAGUUCACUCAGAGGUGAAGAACAUUGGCUCUGCAGCUCUGACUGCCUUGGUGACUGCAUCCUCGAAAGAAUUUGAAGACAAAUGGUUCAGAAAGAUCAAAGACCAUUUCUGUCCCUUUGAAAAUCAGUUCCAUACAGAGAUACAGAUCUUGGCUUAGAGGUCCAUUUAAAAACAAAAUCAUCUUGCACAGUAUUAAUUGUCCUUGUUUACUUCAGACAGGAUUGCUGAUCAUGGAAAAAGUGAAUUUAUAAUUAUGUCUUCUUUCCCAGAUUAUUUAUACUGACAGUGCAUUUAGUGUAUUUUGCUCUUUUUAGAUUUCUUGCUUUCCCUUUAUAUUGUAUCGUCGUCCUACUUCCCAUUUGAAGGCAUCUGCUGGGAAAGCAAAUAAAAGAGGCUUUCAUAUCGUA